AUGCCCCCACAACAGUCUGUGGAAAAGGUGCUUGAUACCGUCUCUCGCCAUUAUCGAGGCCCAGGAGGGGCUAUUGCUGUUAUCAAAGAUGGAAAACUCCUUAGUCAACGAGUUUGGGGAUAUGCCGAUAUUGACCAGCGGAUUCUCCUGACUCCAGAGAUUCAAAUGCCCAUUUGCUCAAUCACUAAGCAGUUUGUGUGUGCCCUGCUCCUUGAUCUCGAGCGCAACCCACCACCAGAAGUGGCCGCCAAGGGGGACAUCCAAACUCAAUUUACGAACAAGCUUUAUGAGUUGCUUCGCCCUGAAUUAACCCAAGGUACUGGUCUGACGCUUCAACACCUGUGCGACAUGCAGUCUGGCAUACGCGACUAUUGGGCCAUGACUACACUCUGGGGUGCACACCCUGAAGACAAAUUUUCAGUUGAAAAGGAUGGCCCUGCGGCGAUUGAACGGACACGGUCUUUUCAUUUCCAGCCUGGAGACGAAUACUCCUAUUGUAAUGUUAACUUCUAUAUUACGGCACGCGUGAUUGAACAGGUUACAGGACAGCCUCUUGGAAAAUUGCUUGCCGAGAGAGUGUUGUCUCCUGCUGGAAUGACGACCGCAUUACUCUGUCCUGAUACCGCCCAGCACCCAGGGCCAUGUGUUGGAUACGAAGGGACGGAAAAAACCGGAUACAAAUCCGCGGUCAAUCGGAUGGAAUGGUCUGGAGACGCAGGCUUGGUAGCUUCUCUCGCGGACAUGGUCGCCUAUGAAAAAUACCUGGAUCACAUUCACUCAGAUCCACAAAGUUGGUAUAGCAUUGCAAUUCAGCCGCAGACUUUUAAUGAUGGCACUCCGGCAAAAUACCACUACGGACUUGCCCAUGUUGAUGUGGAGGGCAUAAAUACCGUGGGCCAUGGGGGUGCUUUGCGCGGGUAUCGACUUCACCGACGCCAUGUACCAAGUGAGCACUUGUCUGUUGUGGUCUUGUUCAACCAUGAAGCCGACGCAUCUGCGGCUGUCAAUGAUGUGAUCAGGGGAGUACUGGGUCUAGAAAAGCCCAGUAGGAUGGAUAUUGCUGCAAGCUUUGACUGGAUCGGCACAUUCCUUGAUCGUGACUCGGAAAUAGCAAUUGCCGUGAGUAAAGGGGCACAAGCUGGGGAAAUUUGCAUCAGCUACGCAUUUUCCCCUGAUACCGAGGUCGUGAGGUUGGUCAAUUUCAAAGAAGCUCAGUCUAAAUCAAUGACUGCACGUAUCAUGGGAGACACUCUAUAUGUCGAUCGCAUAGGGGAUAACCGAAAGCUAGAAGCUCGACGGAUCGUGCCUCGCGAAAAUGCACGUGAGGAUAUCUCUCUCCAAGGAGACUAUAGCUGCGCUGAAGCCGACUCGACCUUUCAUUGCAGCGGCGGGGCAGGGCUUUUUUAUGGCUCUUUCGAUGGGUACUUGGGUCGCGGGCCAGCAAGUCUGAUGAAAUAUCUCGGUGAUGAUGUUUGGGCGUUGACCUGCCAGCGUGGCCUCGAUGCACCUGCACCCGGCGAUUGGACUUUGGCUUUUCAACGCAAUGAAAGUGGCGCGAUAGUAAAUUUCAGAAUUGGAUGCUGGUUGGCUAAAGGUAUCGUAUUUGUCAAGACUUAG